CUUUAAGUUUGAGUUGUCUUACUGAUGGCUGGUGAGCAACAAGGAGUGCUAACUGCGCUUGAUUUGGCAAAGACCCAAUGGUACCACUUUACGACGAUUGUGAUUGCCGGGAUGGGCUUCUUCACGGAUGCAUAUGAUCUUUUCUGCAUCUCCCUCAUCACUAAGCUGCUUGGACGAAUAUACUACACUGAUAUUACAAAACCAAAGCCAGGGACUUUGCCACCCAGUGUCUCAGCUUCUGUGACUGGUGUUGCACUAUGUGGCACAUUGGCUGGCCAGCUAUUCUUCGGUUGGCUCGGCGACAAAACGGGCAGAAAGAAGGUCUAUGGUCUCACUCUCAUUCUCAUGGUCGUCUGCUCUAUCGGCUCGGGCCUUUCUUUCGGCUCCAGUGCAAACGGUGUUAUGAUCGCACUUUGUUUCUUCCGAUUUUGGCUUGGUUUUGGAAUUGGUGGGGACUAUCCUCUUUCAGCCACAAUCAUGUCCGAAUAUGCCAACAAGAAGACCCGUGGGGCUUUUAUAGCUGCAGUCUUUGCCAUGCAAGGUUUUGGGAUCUUGGCUGGAGGUAUUGUCGCUUUGAUUGUCUCAGCCGGAUUUGACCGCAAGUACAAGCUUCCUACCUACGAGGAAGACCCAGCAGGAUCCAUGGUACCUGAACUCGACUACGUUUGGCGUAUAGUUCUAAUGGUUGGCGCUUUACCUGCUGCCCUUACCUACUACUGGCGAAUGAAAAUGCCGGAGACAGCUCGUUACACUGCUCUCGUCGCCAACAAUGUGAAACAAGCAGCCAAAGAUAUGUCAAAAGUUUUGCAAGUCGAACUUGAGGUUGACUAGGAGAAGGUCACUAGGCAUGCGGCUGAGAAUGAAUCCAAUAAAUUCGGCUUGUUCAGCAAGGAAUUUCUCAAGCGCCAUGGGCUGCAUUUGCUGGGAACCACUAGUACAUGGUUCUUAUUGGAUAUCGCCUUCUACAGUCAGAACCUUUUCCAGAAGGACAUUUUCUCUGCAAUCGGAUGGAUCCCUCCUGCAAAAGAAAUGAACGCGAUUCAUGAAGUUUACAAGAUUUCAAGAGCUCAGACACUCAUAGCUCUGUGCAGUACCGUGCCGGGGUACUGGUUCACAGUGGCAUUAAUUGAUUACAUGGGUCGGUUCGCAAUCCAAUUGAUGGGUUUCUUCUUUAUGACAGUCUUCAUGUUGGCCCUGGGCAUACCAUACCAUCACUGGACCUUAAAGCCCAACCGAAUCGGGUUCGUUGUGAUGUACUCCCUCACCUUCUUCUUCGCCAACUUUGGUCCAAAUGCCACCACAUUCGUUGUGCCAGCAGAGAUUUUCCCAGCAAGGCUAAGGUCUACGUGUCAUGGAAUCUCAGCUGCUGCUGGAAAAGCGGGAGCGAUUGUGGGUGCUUUUGGGUUCUUAUAUGCUGCACAGAGCAGAGAUCCUAAAAAGACUGAUGAAGGGUACCCUCCAGGAAUUGGGAUUCGAUACUCUUUGAUAACGCUUGCUGUGAUCAACUUCGUUGGGAUGUUGUUCACCUUUUUGGUGCCAGAAUCAAAAGGUAAAUCACUGGAGGAGUUGGGUAGGGAGAAUGAUGGCGAAGGAGGUGCAGAGGGAAUUGAGCAUGCAGGUUCUGGCAGGACAGUUCCAGUUUGAUUUGUAUGAUUUUGUUUGUUUUCUUUAAGAGCUUCAAAUUAUUAUGGUAUAUAGUUCGUACGUGAAAAUUUAAGUUUCAGUACUGGAUUGGCUAGCUAAUGUGUGUGAUGGAUGAAUAAUGAUGUAUGCAGAUAUUGCAUAUUUGCUCUGAGAUGCUUCAAAUCUCCAGGCAUUUACGCUGUGUA